AUGCCGGCUCAUCCUAAAGACAGGAAGAGGAGACUCCAUAGACAAGAAGAGGAUGAAGAGAAAGGAACCAGGAUGCAGGCAAAAGGAGACUUAGAGAUGAAGGAGGAAGACUUAGAGAUGGGAGAACUGGCUGGUCCAUUUGUGAGUGCCAUGCCCGCCCCAAUGCCCCACAACAAAGGGAUCCGUUUUUCUGAGGCAUGGGAAUAUGUCCACCUGGCCCCUGCUCGUGCUGGGCACCACCCAAACCAAUAUGCCACCUGCCACCUGUGUGGCAGACAGGUGAGCCGUGGCCCAGGGGUCAACGUGGGCACAACUGCCCUGUGGAAGCAUCUGAAAAGCAAGCAUAGAGUGGAACUGGAGAAAAAUGGCCAUGGCCAGGCUGGGCAGCGACAAGAUCCACGGCCCCCAGGUCCCCACCUCCCGCUGGGCAUCGAGGGUGACUGGGGCAGGCUCCUGGAGCAGGUGGGCGCCAUGGCUUUGUGGGCCAGCCAGAGGGAAAAGGAGGUGCUUAGGAGGGAGAGGACAGUGGAAUGGCGGGAGAGGGCUGUGGAGAGGAGGGAGCAAGCCCUGGAGGAGGUGGAAAGGGCCAUCCUGGAGAUGAAGUGGAAGGUGAGGGCUGAGAAGGAGGCAUACCAGCAUCAUGAGAAAGACCUGUCUGCAGCAGCACACCCCUUCCAUUUUGUUGAAAUUGUGCUCAGGGGAAUCUGUUCUGAAAAUCCUGACUUUCCCCAUUUUUGUUCCAACUCAAAUAUAAAGCACAGUAGUUUAGUGUCUAUAUUUAAGAGAAGAGUUCAUAGGGUGAGUUAA